AUGGAUGACUCGAGCAAUCCUUCUCACACAACUGAAUUUUCUCCCGAAGCACGAAAAAUACAUGGAACUACUUCUACAGAAAAUAUUAACGACAAUCAUGGGUCAAUAUUCGAUGAGUUACAAUCUCCGGUUAGCAGCUCAAUUUUUGAUUCUGACUCCAAAUCAUCCGAGGAUGAAGAACUAGAGCCAGUGUCAUACAUCCCUGAAUGUCCUUCCCAAAUGAAGCCACAUAUUGGCCAAGUUUUUCAUACCUUGGAUGAUGCUACAGUCUUCUAUAAUAAAUAUGCACGGCAGGCUAAAGUUGCUUUUAAGUUUUGCAAGGGUACUGGUUAUGUUGUUAAACAGUUUGAAGAGCGACAUAAUCACGAUAUGGUUCAAUUACGUCACAAGCGAUUAAUGAGGCUCAAUCGCAAUAUCGACCCACGAGGUCUUAGGCGUGAUCUUAGAGCAUAUGUGGAUGGUGUUGAUGCGCAAAUGGUAUUGAAUGAUAUGAAGCGGAAGAAGGAGAUAUGUUCGUCGUUCACCUACGACUUUGAGGUAAACUCUAAGGGCAGGCUUACACGUCUUUUCUGGUGUGAUCCUAUUGCCAAGCACAAUUACCAUUUGUACGGUGACAUUGUCUCUUUCGACACAACCUACUCAACAAAUAGGUAUUGUAUGAUUUUUGCACCAUUCACGGGCAAAGACAAUCAUGGCAGACCCGUUACAUUUGGUGCAGGAUUGUUAUCGAAAGAGAAUGCUCCUUCUUUCGAAUGGUUGUUCGAAAAGUUUGUUAAAUGCAUGGGCGCUGCUCCCAAAUUGAUCAUUACUGAUCAGGAUUUGGGAAUGAAGGUGGCUGUUGAUAGUGUGCUAGUUGAUACAAGACAUCGAUGGUGUAUGUGGCACAUCAUGUUUAAGGUCACUGAAAAAUUACCCAAGAAUCAGCUCCACAAUGAGGAUUUAAAGAAGGAGUUAAAUAAAUGUGUGUGGUCGGAGUUGAUAGAUCCUGAAGAAUUCAAAGAAACCUGGCACGAAAUUAUGGAAAAAUACGGCCUUACAAACAACGAGUUGUUUUCGACAAUGUUUGCCAAUAGAAAAUUUCGGGUAUGUCCACAACAUACUAUUGUUCCAGCCUACUUCAGGGAUUUUCCAAUGAGUUCAUUGAUUAAGACCACCUCUAUAUCCGAGUCCCAGAACAGUUUCUUCAAGAGGUACACUAAGUCUCGAUGUAAUCUAGUCGAGUUUCUUAUCCAUUACAACAAUGCGUUAGAUGCCCAAAGGAGCAAUAGCAACAGGUUUGAAUAUCAUGACUCCAACACUACCCCAAUGUUGAAAACAAAUUCUGCACUUGAGAGGCAUGCGUCCACAAUCUACAGUGACGGUGGGUUUAAGGCAAUUCAGGAAGAGAUUGAGGAAGCAAUUGAUUGUUGCACCAUGGUAAAGACUUCAAUCGAGGAUGACACUGAAAUAUUUGUGAUCAAUGACAAGUUCUCUAAGGACUGGUCCGUGUCUUAUUCCGUCUCUGGAGAUUCAUACGUAUGUGGGUGUAAACUAUUUCAAAGACUUGGACUCGUAUGCAGCCAUAUUUUUUGGGCCUUACGAAACAAAAAAUUGAAGCUGGUUCCUGAUCACUUACAUGGGGGACGUUGGUUGAAGUCUAAUUUUGUCAAGCCUGUUCAUUGUGGUUUUGUUGACGAUAUUGAAAAUGCUCUCAUUAUCGAUUUGGCAACACAAGAAUGGAGGGAUAUGCAUGGUGAUUAUUUUGAGGUUGCACAGACUAUUAAGGGAAACGUUGACCGAAUUCGUGCAUUCAGACAAAUUAUUGCUGAAGGGAAGAAAGCGAUAUUCGGUGAAGGGAUUGUAUUGUCUAUUAGUGAUAAGAGGCAAAUGAUUGAGAAUUUGUAUGGGUCUCAAGCCCGUAGCGAAAUAGAUGUCCAUCCUCCCGACGUUGUCAAAACCAAGGGUUCAGGAAGACGGCCUCUUACACGCCUUGAGCAAGCUAUGAAGAUGAAGGCAAAACCUGGUCGUAAAUGUGCCGAAUGCGGCGAGGUUGGUAAUCACGAUGCAAGAAAUUGCAAAAAGAUUAAGGAGAAACAGAAGAAAAAGAUCGUCAUGAUGUUUUGA